AUGUACUAUCUCAACUUCUCGACGCCAUUCGACACAACCAAGACCAACCUCACCGGCCUCCUUGGCAACAUCGCAAAGUCGGCAGGCCCGGGGAACAACGUCGCCCCAAAUUACCUAGAUGGAGCCAUGUUCUCAAACAACGAUAUCCUCAUGUUCUAUGGCGGCAUGCUGACAGGAGCGUCAUCCGAAGCGGAACCGUACGCCGACCAGACCUUCAGCUACGAGUUAUUCCAAUACGGCGCGGAGCGCGCCAACUGGGCGCCAGGGCCAUGGGACGUGAGGCUCGACAACGGUGUCACGAAUUUCGUCACCAGCGGCGCAGGCGUCUCGGCUCCUAGCGAAAACCUAGGGUUCUACUUUAGCGGCGUGCACGAAGCCAACUGGGGCUCGCCCGAGUAUAGCGAUCCCGGGCUGAACGCGACGUCGAAUACGAUGGUCACGGUUGAUAUGUCGUCGAUGCGCGACUACAAGUGGACAAACAGGACGCUGCCGGACUAUAUACGGGGGCGUACGAACGCCGAGGCUGUCUGGCUGCCUGUUGGUUCUUCUGGAAUUGUGGUCAUCAUUGGCGGCGUGACGGACUCUGUUUCUGUUGUACGGCCCGUGUUGAGCAGUGAUCAGGAAAAGGAGAGCAAUGCUGUCAGUCCUAGUUUUAUGGAGUCGGUGGCCAUCUACGACAUCGCAGCCGACAAAUGGUACCUGCAAAACACCACCGGCGAUACGCCCCCCAAGCUCACACAAUUCUGCUCUGUCUACACCACGGCCCAGGACUCGUCAUCCUACAACAUCUACAUCUACGGAGGCUAUGGGGGUGUCCUCGACACGGACGAACGUUCGGAUGAUGUCUAUGUAUUGUCACUGCCGUCGUUUGAAUGGGUCAAGCUCUACAGUGGCCAGACAUCGCAUGGACGCAGUGGGCAUAAGUGUGUGACGCCGUACCCGGAUCAGAUGUUCAUCCUGGGAGGGAAGAAAAUGGACACUUCUGAAUGUCUUGAUGGUGGUAUCAUUCAAGUCUUUAACCUGAACACGGGCAAAUUUCAGGACACAUACGAUCCGACCAAAUGGAGUGACUAUAAGAUUCCCGAUCUAGUGACCGCGCAGAUUGGAGGGAGUUCCACCGGAGGCGCCACGAAAACAGCCCCCGACUCAUGGACAAACUCCUCCCUGGCGGACGUCUUCAAGACGAAAUACACCAAAUCGGUUCAGACAUUCUAUCCCUACCAAAGCGCCAACAAUGAACCGACUCCGACUCCCGUUCCGGGCAAAAACUCUAGCUUUCCAGGCUGGGCCGGCGCCAUUAUCGGCGUUGUUCUGGGCCUCCUGCUCAUCGGAGGUGCUCUUCUUUUCUGGUGUCUUCGCCGCCGCCGCAAGGCCCAGGCAGCCCAGCCGAAGAGCGAGAUUUCGGAACGCAGAUCGCGCAUCAUGGGAUGGGUCCUCGGGGUGCCCAAGUCAGGUGAGACGACUGUUUCUGCCGGUGAUACGGCCUACGAUGAGUACCCGAACAUUAGGGGUACUUCUCACGGCACAGCCGUCUCGCCUGAUCGCACAAACGAGGCGGCGAGCGAGCCCGUCCAUGAGCUGGCUGACCCCAGCACUUCACCUCCCGUAGAGCUCCCAACUUCGUAUAACAACCUACCACUUCCCAGUCCAACGGUGUCUAGCGCCACCACUUCACAUACGGACUUCGCAUCCCCGAUAACUCCCGGAACGCCAGACCCAGAGUCCUCUCCGACACGACCAGGACACCAUCGCCAGGUGUCCAGUGUGUCCAGCUCACAGUCCUUCACUAUCGCCAAUGUGCUUCAUAGGGACAAUUCCGAGAGACAUCCCCACCGGCCGAGCUAUGUGUCGGAUGUCUCGGAAGUAAGCGUUGGUUCUGAUGGACCACGACAUAAGGAUACGGCAGCUGAUACUAGUGGGCUUGAACGGAUCGAUCAUUGA